AUGUACGGCGAAACCGAGCCCGCCACCGCCGCCGCCUCGGAGCGCACGGCGUUCCGGCAAGCCGAGAAGAAGUACAAGCUCUACAAGCCGCCCAGCACCAAGGGCAGGGGCAGGAAGAAGCCAGUCUGCGGCGGCGUUGGGGAUCUCUCCGAGGUGGUGGACUUCCACGCGCUGCUUGCUGGCGGCGUUGAACUGCCCGACGGGAUCUUGAGGUGCGACUGCCCAGGAUUCGACCUGCCCGUGUUCCGCUUCUUGGAUCGGCCCGGAUUCUAUUUCAUCCCUGGUGCUCUUUCUACCGAGCAACAAUGCUUUUGGAUUAGGGAGAGCUUGAAAACAUUUCCGCAGCCUCCUAAUAGAACUAACUUGACUGCUCUCUAUGGUCCAAUUUUUGAUUUACUCACUGCUGCUCAAAACCAAAAGGUCUUGCUUGAAGUGCAAAAUUCUGAUGGCAGAGAAAGUAAUGAACAGAGUAACAGUGGAGAAAAAACACGUUCCAUCAACUUCAAAUUUGUUGAACACUCAAAGAUCGAAAAGGGGGAAACACGUAGGUCAACCACAGCAGCUACUCUUGUUCGCAAGCUCCGAUGGAGCACCCUUGGCUUGCAGUUUGAUUGGUCAAAACGGAACUAUGAUGUAUCACUUCCACAUAACAGCAUUCCAGAUGCCCUUGCUACUUUAGCGAAAAAGAUGGCCAUCCCGGCCAUGCCUUCUGGCGUGGAAUUCAGUCCAGAAGCCGCCAUAGUAAACUAUUAUGGUCCAAGCGACAUGCUUGGUGGCCAUGUUGAUGACAUGGAAGCAGAUUGGACAAAACCUAUUGUGAGCAUAAGUUUGGGAUGCAAGUGCAUUUUCCUUCUUGGAGGGAAGACGAGAGAUGAAGUUCCAAGAGCAAUGUUCCUGCGAAGUGGUGAUAUUGUAUUGAUGGCUGGGGAAGCACGUGAACGCUUCCAUGGGGUCCCGCGGAUCUUCACUGAGAGUGACCAGCAAGAAAUCUCUGGACUGGUAUCACAACUUUCUGGCGAUGAUGACCGCUUUAUCUUGGACUAUAUCCAUAGUUCAAGGAUAAAUAUCAACAUCAGACAAGUAUACUGAGGUUUGCUUCAAUUCCGAUUAAAGGUGUUG